GGUUUGUGUCCCAACUGAAAUUGUACAGACAUAUGGGCUAUACGAUCGAAAAGUCAGAUAAAAGGUACAAAUUGUUCCGUCUCAACACAGCAGCCGACUGGAUGCGAAAAGUCAAAAUCCUCCCUCAAGACUUCAAAGACUUAAUACAACCAGACCCAGGCCUACCCCAGUCGAAUCCAGAUCCAAACGUUUACCGAUGUAAAAAAUGCCGCAGGGUUCUAGCCUGUGAACACAACCUAAUAAUUCACCUGAACAGUGCCAAAAGUAAGUGUUCACAAAUGUAUUUUGUCGAGCCAAUGGCUUGGAUGAAUGUGAGUCAAGUGACUCAGGGUAAACUACAUUGCCCUAAAUGUAGUAAUAAGGUGGGGUCAUUUAGUUGGGUUAUGGGCUGCCAGUGUCCUUGUGGAGUUAAGGUGGCACCAGCCUUUUAUUUGGUGCCCUCGAAAAUCGAUUAUACCAAUGUGGUUAAGAAUAUUGAAGUCACAUUUUAAAAAUAUAUGUUGGAUUGUAAAUU